AUGAGCUCUCCGUCUGCGGUAGUCUGCCGUGAGAUUUUCGAUGAAAACAGCCAGCCUUCCGCUGAAGAAAUCUCAGAAUAUGCACACCAGCUCGGUAUUGAUCCUGAAAGCGAGAGUCACCUCCUGCCCUUGGCCAAGGAAGGGCUCAUGCAAGCUCUACCUGCACCAUGGAAAGCUUAUUUCGAUGAAAAACUCCAAACCCAUUACUACUAUAAUGAGGAAACAAAGAAAACACAGUGGGAACACCCUCUAGACAACAUAUAUAGAGAGAUAGUGAAACACGCGCGCGAUGCUUCUAUUCAGGAUGAUACUUGUGCUUCUGUACAGGAACUCCUAACAUCUGAAGAAAAUACGAAAAUCCUCGAACGUGUCGAAACAAAAGUAGAAAGCGACGAUGAUGAUCUUUCAACUGACAGUGAAAACCAUCCAUCUAACAUCAAAGAAUCUACCCUUAUGCCUAAAAGACUUGCCCCUCUAGGUAGACCACCAUUAGCUCCUUUAUCAAGAUUGGAUAAAAAACUCGGAGAUUUGAAGAUAUCUCCUCUAAGACGCAGUGUUGACAAUACUAAGCCAUUGUUAAGGAAUAUUUCGGAUAGAGAUUUGCUAAGCAGACCAUUAGAAAGACCAAAAAUGUUAUUCAAGCAGCAAUCAGAAAUUAUUGAUUUGAAAAUGCAUGUUCUAUCAAGAGAAGAAGAGGAAAAUUUCAGUUCUUUAUUAAGUGGUGCCAAAGUUGAUAGGGGGUUGCCAUUGACAGGGAAAGGCAACAUGUUCCUCCGCAUGUCAAAGUCAGAUCUUCCAAGUCCAGACACAGAUAAGUCUCUACCACUGGACUCGAUAACCAAGAGUGAUCCUCCUAAAGGGAUACUUCGGGAAAAACUAACUGAUGUAUUCAACAGAAAAGCUGAUAGUGUUGUGAUUGGUCGAUCGAGACACAGUUCAAGUUUGGAUGAAGAUAAAAAGAGUGUUAGAUUCAAACUAGAAAACUUACCUGAUCCAACGAUAAGUCCAGGUUCAAACAGUUCUUCUGAACAAAAUGAGCAGAGUUCCAUAGUCGCUUCCAUCCCCGCACCAGCUCUCCCUUCGCCUCUAAUCCCCUUCUCGCCAAUUUCAUCACCACCUAUACCCUCUGUGCCUUUAAACCCGCCUAUUAUAUUAUCGCCUCUGGCCGCCCGCCCGCCGCUGCCUCCACGCCCAGGAGACUGUCCACGGGAGGUUAAGAGCGUCGCUGGAUCGGACAGGGAAUCUGGUGAAAGCGACAAAUCACCGCGACGCCGCGUGGUCAGACCACCAGCGGCAGAUUACAUCAAGCCGGAUUUAUUUCAAAAGAACUUCCAGAAGAUCUCUGACCUCGUUCGACCGGGUGAAAUAGAACCUACAUCAUUGCAUUUAGAAGAACCCAGUGCUGAUAAGGAAGUUAGGCCUAGAUCACCAAUGAUACCACAACAAAAAAACAAGAUAUCAAUAAACCUUAUGGAAAGUAUAGAAUCGGAAACUUCAAUCGAUUCACCUGACAAAGAGUUUGCCAAUUUAGACUUAAACGAAUUAGAUAUUUCAAAUGAUAAACUUGAGCAAAAAAUCUCCGAAAAAAACCAAGAAAAGGACAGUUCUAGAAUGGAAGAAACUUCAGAGAAAACUACUUCAAAAACAUCGAAUUCAACACAAAACAAAUCGUCGUACUUUGUAGAAUCUAUUUCAAUUCCUCAAAUAAGAAUUCCUGUACUAGAUUUGACAAAAACCAAACUUCAGUCGGAUUCUGAUGACUCCAAAAAAAUAGAAGACAGCAAGAACUCAAGAACGGAUAGCAUAGAAAUCAAACCUCAUCAGGUGAAAGUAUCUCCUACACCUAGCAUUGGUUCAGAUUUAAAAUCUCCUAGAUACGACUUCAAUAAACCAUGGUCCAGCCCUUUUUCGUCUUUUAAACCGCCGAACAAAGCUAUUAUAGCACCCUUAAAAACCUCGGAUUCUGCAACAAGUCUUGGUAAAACACUGACAAGUCCAAGACUGGAUGGUGUCAUUUUGUCGCAAGGUAAAUCCAGUGAUAAUGUAGUUGUAGUCUAUCAGUUUGAAUCUCAAGAGAAUUUUCCGAAGCCGAUAAAAUCUCCUUUGAUACCAGAUGUGGCAGCUAGAGACGUGAUGGAGAGGACUAAAGGCGACGAGAGAAGAAGACUGGAGUUGUCGUUGCAGAAGGAGUUAGAGACUAUAAGAUCAGAAUUUGCCGCUAAAGAAAGGAAAAUGAGAGUGGAGUUGCAGGAAGAGUUGAGGGAAGCUGAAGAGAAGUUUGUAGCGGAGAAAAGAAUGAGAUUAGACGAACAAUCUGAGCGGCAUAAGAAUGAGAUGGAAGAGGCAUUAGCAGCAUCGGAAAUGAUCUAUCAAGAAUCUCUUAAAGCCUUGACAGCUGAAAUGGAAGAGCGUCGUCGACGCGACUUAGAAACCGCGGAACGACAGCACAAUGAAGAAAUUGCCCAGUUGAAAGAGUUUUAUCAAGGGAAACUCGCUGAGAAGCGUGAUCAACUUGAAAUAGAAAACGACCGAGCUCUCGCCGAACUUCGCGAACAACUACAAGCAAACCUGCAUAGAGAACGAGUUCGACUAGCGGAGCAGAACCGCGCCACUAUCGACGCUUUACGGGACGAGCACAAUACCAGAAUCACUGAGCUCAGACAUGAUUACAGGGCUGAGGUGGAACGUCUGCGUACCCAACACGCCUGUCACCUAGAAGAGCUUCGAGCGCGUCUGGCGAGCGAACGUCUAGCGCCGACGAGGCACGACGACCGCGCCUUGCAGGACAAGUACCGCUGCCUGAAGGAGAAGUAUGCGCGCUUGAAACAUGACGUUAAGAUGUCAAUAGAACGUCGCAACAAAAGACGUGAGAUGAGUAUGACCACGGGAUCAGAAACGGAAAAGUCCAACUCGCACAAACAAACACAGUCUCUGGAAAGAUGUAAAGAAGCAAACGAAACAUCUAUAAGCGCCGUGAUAGAGCCCGAACCACGCGUUCGCACGAACAACAACACAGCCAAAUACAACGACAAUGAAACAUCACACUCGGAAUCCAAUGCGUUGAAAUCUUCUGACAAUAACAAUGAUGAAUGGAAACUGAAAAGGGAAAAUACGGUACCACCCACAAACAUAACUCACCCUCCAGUGACGAAGAAGGUGCACCGCCGCGCAGCCGUGGCGUUCCGCGAGCCGCUCGGUGCUCGCAGCAGGGACAGGGUUCGGGAUCGAGACGGAGCUGUGACGACAGACUGUCAGGACUCAUCGGACGCUACCACCGCUGACGAGAAACCAAAAGAACCUAUUAACGGACACGGCCGUAGAAGGUGUUUUACGAGAUUAAAAUCUGCGUCUACAUCACGUCUCAAUUAUUCACCGAAACGCGGCGAAGGCUGGUCGAGCCCUUUAGAAUCCCUAAGGCAGCAGUUGAGAAAGCUAGACGACCUGGAAGAUCAGUUUCCAGACUUGGCGUGCCAGCCGUCUUAUAGCUUGAGAUAUCCUUUUGCUGAAUUAGGCGGCGCCGGCGUGUCCCGCGCGGACCUGCCCGAGCUGGAGUUCGUGCGGCACCGCGCGCUUGUCGAGCGCGAGGGCAUGCGGCGUGCCCGGGCCGUGUUGCGGCGCAGGCGCAAGGCGCUGCGCGAGACCAGGGCCGAGCUGUCGCCACACAGGGCGCCGUCCGAGGAACGCGAAGCCACUGAACUGGAAGUGGCCCUCCACCGCGCCCGCGCGCUGUUGGGCGAGAAGGAAAUCCGUCUGCAGCACAUCGAACGGGCCCUUAGGAAGUUGACGGAAUCGCAUCCGCCGCCUCUCAUACAGGAAGCAACAACUAGCGAAGCCUCAUCCGGCAGCGAAGCAGGAGCAGAAGAAAGGGAAGCAACAGGGGCGGUGCUACGGUCUCUACGGGCCUUGCAUGCUGAUGUUAGAGACAUCUGGCGGGCUUUGGAUGCUAGGCCAAGAACUGCGUCUCCUGAAACAAGCUCCUGGAACGCACCCACUACUUCGCAAACCAGGUUGACAUUAUCUGCACCAGACCCGAUCGUACAGGCUGAUUCUGAUAGCGGUGUACAAGAAAGAGCUAGAGGACUCCGUGCGUGGCUUCAGACGCAAUAAUUUUGUUUACAAUGCUUCGGGAACGGUCGUUGAAUCUGAUAAAGAACUUAGAAGAAUUUGAAAUAUUAAGAAAUACGCACAAUCGAGUUACGUAAAUGGCGGGUAAGGAACGAUUAAGGCGAUCUGUGAUUCUUAGGAACACACUUCUCUAUUGCUGAAACCAUACCGUAAACAGACC